CUCUGCUAGACUGCCACCGAUAUUUUACAUAACUUAAAAUCUAUGCCCCAGUUCGUUACAACGUCGAAAAGAAAAAUGGGAAACUUAUUUCUUAGUGAGUCGAAUAGCAGUGAAAAAGAAAGCUUUUACGAGGCUCACACAAAUUCGGAUAGCAGCGAUGAGGAAGAAAUCAGAUUUCCUAGAAAUAGAAAUAUAAAUAGAAUUACAGCGUCUGAUUCUGAUUCGGAUAUUGAUAAGUGCAAUCGUAGUGAUACUGAAUGUAACGAAGAUACUGUUGACGAGAUUUUACAAGAAUUGGUCAUUGAGGAAGGAAGAAGAACCGACGAUACCGAGGAAAGUGCAAUUCAAUUUGGCGAAUGGAAUGAAUUUAGCGGUCGGCAGAAGUCAUUUUUUUCCCGAGACAGACGACCUCAUUAG